AUGGCUAGCAAUUCGCAAUCCAAUGGCAGAGAAAUGCCAAUGCCUCUAAAAUACGAAAGAACGCAACAGCAACCCGAGAACCCAUUCGCAGCUUUGAUACCCGACCAGACCAUUGCAAUCAUUCCAUCUUUUACCCUCGAAUCGGGUGUGACUCUGCAGAAUGUCCCUUUGGCAUACAGUACUCGGGGCAAACUCUCGCCAGACGGAAACAAUGCUAUGGUAAUCUGCCACGCCUUGACUGGCAGCGCAGAUGUGGGAGACUGGUGGGGUCCUUUGCUAGGGGGACCAGGGAGAGCUUUUGAUAUCUCGAGAUUCUUCGUGGUGUGUAUGAAUAGUCUGGGAAGUCCUUAUGGGAGUGCGAGUCCCGUCACUUGCAAAGAUGGGAAUCAGAAGAACGAGAGAUAUGGCCCAGAGUUUCCCCUCACAACAAUAAGGGACGAUGUCAAUAUACACAAAUUAUUGCUGGACGAUCUAGGGGUCAAACAAAUUGCUGCAAUCAUUGGCGGAUCUAUGGGAGGCAUGCUAGUUUUGGAAUGGGCAUAUUUUGGCAAAGACUACGUCAGAUCAAUCGUACCGAUUGCAACCUCGAGUCGACACAGUGCUUGGGGUAUAAGUUGGGGAGAGGCACAAAGACAAAGCAUUUAUACGGACCCGAAAUAUGACGACGGAUACUACCCCUUCUCUGACCCUCCUACGGCUGGUCUCGGUGCAGCGCGUAUGUCUGCCCUACUCACAUACCGAAGUCGCAACUCUUUCGAGGCAAGAUUCGGGCGGAAUACACCAGAUGCAUCAAAGAAGCAAACAAUCAGCCAAGAUCAGCACCCGUCGACUCCUUCCGAAAUACAUCUAGCAAUACACAACGACGGCCACCGUUCUAAACGAUCGCCUCUCUCAAGACCUGGCAGCUCGGCAGACGUUACAUCUCCUGCUCCACAAACAAACGGCACCAGCGAGUCGUCAAAUUUCACUGAUCCCCAAUUCCAUGGCGCCACCGUGUCGACUUCACCUAGCACGAGCAGUCCUCUAUCGGACCAGAAGCGGGGAACAUCAACCUAUUUCUCAGCACAAUCCUACCUCCGCUACCAGGGCGAGAAAUUCGUCAAACGCUUCGACAGCAACUGCUACAUCGCCAUCACCCGCAAGCUCGACACCCACGACGUCUCGCGGUACCGCGUUUCCGCCGAGUCAACCACACCCAUCGCCGACGCACUCGCCCAGAUCCAGCAGCCGACUCUUGUUCUCGGCAUCGAGAGCGACGGACUCUUCACAUUCGACGAGCAGAAGGAACUCGCCGCGACGAUUCCGAACGCGAGACUGCGUAAGAUUGAUUCUCCUGAGGGCCACGAUGCUUUCCUAUUGCAGUUUGAGCAGGUCAAUCGGCAUAUUUUGGAGUUUUUGAAUGAUGUGCUGCCGGAUAUUAUGAGUGCGCCUGGGAGGGAGGCUGUCGAUGCUGAGAGUGGUGUUGGGGCUGUUACGAAGAAUAGUACGUUUGGGGAGGCGGAGGUUGAGGAUAUUACGGCUUGGUGA